AUGGCGAUUCUAAGCGUCGACUGGUGGCGAUCAUUUUGUAAAUCACAUGGUCUCAUAUAUGCCUUGUUAGGUGUAACGAUUACCUGUCUGACUAUACUUACGAUUGUGUUUGGUGCUCUAUGGGGAGGUGGCUGCAAUACUUCUUCGACUCCUUCGUCCGCGGUGUAUGCAGUUGAAAAGGGAACAAUUGGCUUUCCUAUUCGUUUGCCCAACGACGGCCGAUAUGUUCAGUGGACAUUUCUACAUCUCAAUGAUGUUUACGAAAUGUUACCGCUGGAUAUGGGCAGAAAAGGCGGUUUAGCUCGUGUGGGGCGUAUACGACAAUUAUUACUAAAAGAAAAUUCUAAGACUUAUACGUUCCUUGCUGGAGAUCUUGUUUCACCCUCAGCCUUGAGUCAGUCGAUCGUGAACGGAACAGCGUUGAACGGGCGACAAAUGAUCGCAAUAAUGAACACAUUGGGGCUUGAUUUCAUGACAUUUGGAAAUCAUGAAUUCGAUUUGAACCAAACGGAACUGACUGCACGAAUGAAUGAAUCAAAAUUUACUUGGAUAAGUUCGAAUGUAUUUCGUGAGGAAGGCGAUCAACCAUUUGCAUCAAGUAUACCUUAUAAAUUGAUAACGAUUGAGGGGGUUCAUAUUCUCAUCAUCGGCUUGACAAUCGAUACAAAUGACCCCUACGUUCGAAUUAUCAAUCAGUCGUCUCUCGUCACCUAUACUCAGCAAUUUCUCACUGCAUUCCCAAAUGGAACAUACGAUGUUCUUGUUGGAUUGACCCAUUUAGAUAUUGCGACAGACAUUCAGCUUGUGGAAAAGAUCCCACAAAUUGAUCUGAUCCUUGGUGGACAUGAACAUGAAGAUUAUUAUUAUUUGAGAGGUACCGAAUACACACCCAUCUAUAAAGCCGAUGCAAACGCGUUCACUGUAUACAUCCAUCGUUGUGCUUACAAUUUGGAUACAAAACGACUUCGCAUUUAUAGUACUCUGGCACAAGUGACUCCGGACGUACAAGAUGAAGAAAAAACAGCGAUGGUAGCCAAUUACUGGUUCAAUUUAGGUAUCCAAGGAUUCGAGGCAAUCGGUUUUCAGCCGAAUAAAAUUGUGUCAUGUCUACCGGCGGGAGUCGAGUUAGACGGGAGAUCCGAAUCCGUGAGGAGUGCCAACACAGUAUUGACUGAUUUGAUCUGUGAAAGUAUGAUAGAAGCAACUGCACUGAGUGGAACAACUAUUGGAGUCUUCAAUAGUGGGGCGAUACGUGUUGACGAUGUUCUCCGAAACACAAUUGAUCAAUACGAUAUUUUACGCACGUUACCCUUCGCGGAUUAUAUCUUGGCCCUCUCUGUUCCUGGCCAAUUACUCGCCCGCGUACUGAGCACUGGUAUUUCCAUCAAAGGGGACGGAAUGUUUCUUUCCUACACUGGGGUACAAACAUCUGAUCAGGGAAAAACAUGGCUAGUAAAUGGGGUGGACAUCUCAAUAAGUAAUCUCAAUUACAAUGUGGCUACGACAGACUAUGCCAGAGCAAAUACAGAAUUCAACAAUACCAACGCCACUAUUUUACAACAUACCAACAUGACACAAACACAAAGUUUAAUCAAUUAUUUAAAUACAAAAUAUCCACCCUGUUAA